AUGAAUGAUAUUGGUGGAUGUGAUAAAACAGCCUAUGGAUGGCAUCCGUUAAGUCCAGAUGGUGCCACAGAUGACGCCACCUACGCAAGUGUUGUCAAAACGGAGUUUCCCCUAGAUGACGACAUGUUCGACAUCAGCAAGGUGAUAUUUGUUCCCUUAAUUUUGACGAAAGACCCGUACCACGUGAAGAACCUUUGGGGUAGUUAG